AUGAACUAUUUUUCAUACUUUUUACUUGUCAUUGUAUUGUUUGCAGGACUGAGUAAUGCCAAGUUCAACGAGAAAAACUCAGUAAUUUUCAAGAACUCGCUUGCUCCAAAAAACGUUCUCAAGAUUCAUUGUACAUCGAAAGACGACGAUCUAGGAUACCAUUAUUUGAGAGGUGUAGAGAUCUACGAGUUUCGUUUUCACGAUAGUGUUUUGAAAACCAAAUAUGAUUGCGAGUUGUGGCAGGGACGUGGUCCGACUUACAAGUUCUAUGCAAAGUUUAGGGCAUACGAAGGUGGUGGUCUGAUACGUAGGUACGGUAAAAAGAACAUUUGGGAAGCUAGAGAAGAUGGUAUUUACUUUACACAUGGUAAAGAAACACCUAAAUUAGAGUAUAAAUGGAGUCCCAUCCUAUCUUGA